ACUCGUUCCCGCAAGUCGGUGGACGAAGGCUUACGGAGACCUGAUAGCGGCAUGGGGAACGCGCAGGGCCGACGGAAGGAACUGAUCCGGCUCGUCGCGAGCGACGAAGCGGAGCUGCACUUGGACCACCUGGCCGACUUUUCGUUUGGGAUUGCCGACGGAUUCGAGGUCCAGCACUACAUGCCACCACAGUUUCCGCUCCUCCCCGUCAUCACCAAAGUUCGGCUGCAAUUGUGCUUGCGGACGUGGGAAAUGGUGCAGUCGGCGGCCACGGACAAGAUGAAGCAGUACGGGAAGCCUGGUAUUGUUUUGUUCUACGACGAGUUCUUUUACCGUCUCCUUGAGCGCGACGCGACGUUUGGCCUCGUCUUUGUCAACGUCAAGCAGCGGGGCGAAGUCCUGAUCAAAGCGCUCACGUUUAUGCUCAGUAUGCGCGCGGAUGACCCGUCCGACGUCGCCAACAUGCAGAAUCGAUGUCGGUUCCUCGGCCAUAAACAUCGGACGUACUCGAAAGUGCGUCCGCAUCACUUUGCCGCGUACACGAUGACAUGCAUUGAAGUCAUCAUGUACUGGCUCGGCGACGACGCGUCCCCCCAAGUCGGCGAAGCGUGGAGCAACGUUGUGGGGUUUGUGCUGAGGUACUUGCUGGAGCCCUAUCUCUACUGCCGCACCGAUCCGUACGAACUGUACCAAAACACAACGAUCGCCGCCGUCCGCGAGAUCCAAGAAAGCUCGGCCCAGGCCGCAUCGGCGCAAAACAUGGCACCGAGCUCGAGCGCACGGUCGUUGUACUCGGAACGUAGCGGCGCAUCGCGACUCGAGCGCCGCAACAGCGGGAAGGGCAGUCUCAUGCUGGCCAAGACUUAAUAUACUCGAAUACGAUUAGCGUCUGCAUGAUUCCCCAA